UUUUGACGUCUUUUUUAGUUAGGUACCCAUAGUUUUGAGUUUAAAACGUUAAUUUUAUUAAAUAUUUUACAGUAGUUCCAUAGUUUGCUGUUUUUUUUUCUUAUUUUACACUAUAGUGAUUUAACUCUACUGUAUAUUUUUUUUCACUGUCAUUCAUAAUGAUUGGAGCUAAUAAACUAAUAAGCAAAAAUAAUGUGUGUCAAAAGAUCAUACAGCAGCGUAAUUUUACGAAGAAAAACAUCAAAGAUGCUAACUAUCAAUAUUUACAGAGAAGCAAGUUACCGACUAUGCAUUUCCAGAAGUCUUUGCCUCGUUUACCGAUACCGGAACUUUCGAAGACGGGCGAAAGAUAUUUGAAUGCACUCAGACCUUUAUUGACUGCCAGUCAGUUCGAAGAAGCUCAGCAGCGUACUAAUAACUUCAUAACUAAAGAGGGGAAAAUUCUCCAAGAAAAACUUACAGCUAAGGACAAAAGGAACAAGCACACAAGUUAUAUAUCAGAUUAUUGGUUUGAUCUCUAUUUACGCGACAGAGUACCAUUGCCUAUAAACUAUAAUCCUAUGAUAGUGUUCCAAAAUGACGUGAGACCUGAGUACAAUGAUCAGCUUAUAAGGUCUACAAAUAUUUUAAUCAGUGCUGUAAGAUUCAUGUUGUCUUUAAGAGAACAGAUAUUGGAACCGGAAGUGUAUCAUAUGAACCCCAAGAAAAGUGACACUCCACUGUUUAGAAAUUUCACAAGAAUGCUUCCUGAAGCCAUUUCAUGGUAUGGUGCCUAUCUAUUCAAAGUAUUUCCACUGGACAUGAGUCAAUUUGUUGGUUUAUUUGGUGCUACUCGUCUGCCUCGCCAGAAUAAGGAUGAGAUCUUCAGGGACCCAAAAAGCAAGCAUGUAGUUGUACAGAGAAAAGGAAACUUUUAUGUGUUUGAUGUUUUAGAUGCUGAUGGUAACCUUUUGUCACCUCAAGAAAUUCUUGGUAACCUGAGCAAAGUUAUAAAUGACAAUUCUCCAUCUUCCGAGUAUCCUUUGGGAGUACUGACGACUCAGAACAGGGACCAAUGGGCCCAACAGCGAGUGCAUUUAGAGUCUACAGGGAAUAGUGAAGUUUUGAGAAAGAUAGACUCUGCAAUAUUUAAUCUAGUGUUAGAUGAGGAUGUAAUCAAUGAUGAUAAGCGUGUGCUUUUAAGAAAAUACCUUCAUAGCGAUGGGACUAAUAGGUGGUUUGACAAGUCAUUCAGUCUUAUCGUAACUGGUGAUGGUGUAUCUGGUGUGAACUUCGAACAUUCCUGGGGCGAUGGGGUGGCUGUGCUGAGAUUCUUCCAAGACAUUUAUGCCGAAACCACGAAAAAACCAUUUAUCCAUCCAGAAUCGAAGCCAGCUGAUAGUAAUAUAAGUGUACAGAAGUUAGAAUUCAAAUUAGAUGAUAAGUCAAAGCAGUUUAUUGAUAAUGCCAAGAAGGAGUACAAAGCAUGGUGUGAUUCACUCAGCAUAGAUUAUAUUUUGUAUGAAGGUUUAAAUAAAGCAGCGUGUAAGAAAUUCAAAGUUAGUCCUGACUGUAUUAUGCAGCUAUCAUUCCAGGCGGCGCAUCACCUCUUAAAAGGUAGUUUCGUGGGGACAUACGAGUCUUGCAGCACUUCAGCCUUCAAACAUGGAAGAACUGAAACUAUGCGGCCAUGCACUCUUAAAACGAAGGCAUUCUGCGAAACCCUCCAUUCGAACAACAGGUCUGACGAUGAUCUUCGCAGUAAACUGACAGAAUGUUCCAAACUUCAUUUAGAACUCGUCAAAGAAUCAGCCAUGGGCCAGGGAUUUGAUCGUCACUUGUUUGCGCUAAUGAAGAUGGCGGAAGACAACAACAUGCCUCGACCAGAAAUAUUCGAUUCUUAUGAGUACAAGUACUUGAAUAAGUCAAUUUUGAGUACGAGUACUCUGUCUUCGCCCAGCGUCAUGGCAGGAGGCUUUGGACCUGUUGUUAAAGAGGGAUUUGGGAUUGCUUAUUCAGCAUUUCCAGACAAGUUAGGAGCAGCAGUAGCGAGUUACAAGUCUCAUAACAACAGCACUCACUAUGUCGAAGCUCUGCAUAAAUCCUUUUUGGAUAUUACCAAAAUAUUAUCUGCAUAAUAGCAUAGAGUGUAAAGUUACAGAUGCACUAGUAUCUGUGGCACAUUUUUUUUUUAUAUAUUUUUGCACUUUUUGUACAAAGCACUAUUUUAUAUACAACCAGUAUUGGAACCGGGAUCAAUGGAUAAAAGAUAAUUAUAUUUUUUCAAACAUAUUUUUAACAAGAAACAUACUUUAUAUUGUAUUGUAACAGAUUUUUAUAUUGCACAAAGAGUACUGAUUUUUAUAGGCACUAUUUUUAAAUUAAUCGCCAUUGCAAAACAUCAUUUUAAAAUAAGGAAAUUCUAUUAUGUAGCCAGCAAUUUAUUAUGGAUUUUUAUUUGUUCUGUAAAUGGAUAUUAUCUCUUUAUUUGUAACUCUAUUUUUAAGUUUAAGAUGAUACUGUACUACUGUAGGUUAAGAUUUUGUACAUUAUUCAUUUAAAAAAUGAAAAACGUGUAAUUAGAGAGAUUUAGCCAUUCCUGGGUUUAAAAAAAACGAAGUUCUAAUCAGUAAAAGUGCCUUAACUGUUUAUGAAAUACUAUGGAGUAACGUCGAAUAUACCCAAUAUUUUUAGGAGCGCAAUUUGAAUUGUAGAUAAAAGAUAUACUAUGUUAUAUGGGAGUGUUAUAAAAUAUAAAUGCUUAUUUAUUUUACAUUA